AAUCUUAGGUCAAAACAUCAGUUGUUUUAUUGUCAGAAUAGAGAGAAUGAACACAUCCUUCGCUCACACUGGGCGGCGGUAAUGCUCUCGAAAGCCGCUCGCCAACCGCCAUUAAAGGCAAAAGAAGAAGAAGCGCUCCCUCGGCGGAAUCAGGGAAUAUGGCAGACGAGGAGGACUCGGCCCCGGAGCCAGCCGCGGCUUCUCCCCAGGAGAGCCCUCUCAUCGGGCGGCCUCACUCGGUCUUUUUCUCCGAGAGCGUCCAGCCGGCCGUCGGGAUGGUGAGCCAGCUGUUGACCCAGCCGUCCUCCCUGAAGUUUGAUAAAAACAUAAAACAGGCCUUCUACAACACGGGGGCGAUGAUCUUUGUGGCUAUCUGCUGCGGAGCUUCGGUCCUGGUCUACUUCAUCCUGGAGGCCUUCCUCCGCCCGCUGCUCUGGGCGGUGCUCUGCGGGACCUUCCUGCACCCCUUCAAGCACUCUCUGGCUCGGCUCGGCCGCUCGUGGCUCAGUGGACUGCAGGAAACCGGGACGCCCAUCCUGGUGGGGACCCUGCUGAUCCCGGUGUGGUGUGUGAACCACGGGGUGGAGGCGAUGGGCAGGUUGGUGCUCCAGAGGCUCACGGUGUUGCUGGUGAUCGGGGCCGGGGCGCCGCUGGUCUACUUCCUCUACCUUUUCUGGAGUGUCGACGGCAUGCAGGUGAUCCUCGGGCACGUCUGUGGGGUCAUCGGGGCCGCGCUGGACUGCUUCCACACCGUGUGGGUGUGCACUGUGGUGUUUGGCUACUUGUUGGUGGUUUGUUUCAAGUGGAGGCCCCACACUGAGCACUACCUGAGGGCUCUGGCUCUUCCUAUCUGGGCCAUUUGGCUCUUCUACAUUGUGUCUCUGACCGGCUCGUGGAGAGUGCCCAUAUUUGUGAUUGUGGUGAUUCUCAUCAUCGUGGGCUCCCAAGAGAAACCACCUGAUCCUGCCAGAGGAGAGCUGUCGGGGCAGGUGUUGUCUUUCGCUGCUAACACUAUUUACAUGGCGAUCUCCUGUAGCAACCUCCAGAUGAAAACUGAGCCAAGAAAAGACUCUGCUACAGGUGGUGUGCAGUCUUUGGGCCCCCUUUCCUCCACGCCUGGGCUCUCUCGCAGCUUUCGUUCAUUACCAACUGGCCUCUUCCAGAAAGAGAAAAGCCCCCAAAGAGCCAGUGAUAUCUACUUUAUUCUACUGGUCUGGGCCAUUGUACUGGUUCAGGUCUGGCUCAACCUUUGGAUCCUACAACUGCUGCCUAUCCCUGUGGCUGUGUGGGUGCUGAAGAAGCUGGUGGUCCGCUUUGGCCUGAAGGGCUUUGCUGAGCGCACUCUCAUCUCAUGGUGGGCGGUGCUGGAGAAGCUCGGCCGUGAGCGAGAGGAGGCCCUGCUGCCUGGACCAAUCAAAGGCUUGGCUCAGUUCCUGCUGCGUAUCGACACUAAGAUGGUCGUGUGGUUGGAGCGGUCUCUGGAUAAAAUCAUCAGCAUCUUCAUCAUCUUCCUCCUGGUCACGGGGACCCUGCUCAUGGCUCUGCUGCUCACCGCUAUGGUUCACCACGAAAGCGUCCACAUCAUCGACGUAACCAGUAACCUCAUCAACGAGACUGUGUCCAACCAUCCGGAAUGGGCCAAUUGGCUUCCAGAGGCUCGUGUGGUGCAGAAGGCUCUCAACUCAGCUGCUACUAAUGUUCAUCAACACGGUAGAGAAUGGAUAACACAAAAGCUCCAUAAGAUGUUGGGGGACAAGGUGAACAACACCGCUGUGAUUGAGAAACAGGUUUUGGAGCUCUGGGACAGAUUGUACCACUCCUGGUUUGUGAAAAACAUGACCCACCCUGGACGGCCCCGCGGUCAGAAGAUGAUGGUUCAGAGAGGAAACAGCUGGCUCGGAGAAAUCCUCGACUGGAAGGACAUCGCCUCCUUUCUGCAGGAGAAUAUUGAGACUCUGCUGUCUAUCCUGGAGUCUUUGUGGGUGGUAAUGAGCAGAAACGUUGGCCUCCUCAUCUCCACCACAACAACUCUCCUCACCGUCUUGUUCCACAGCGGAACGGCUCUGCUCAACUUUGUCCUGAGUCUGGUGAUUUUCCUGACCACUCUCUUCUACCUGUUGAGCUCCAGUGGUGAAUACUACAAACCUGUUAAAUGGGUGGUCAACUUGACCCCCCUCUCCCAGCCUGGACUCUCCUCAAAUAUCAUAGGCCAGUCUGUAGAAGAGGCCAUAAGAGGAGUGUUUGACGCCUCUCUGAAAAUGGCUGGCUUCUACGGCCUCUACACUUGGCUCACUCACACCAUGUUUGGCAUCAACAUCGUCUUCAUUCCUUCUGCUCUGGCUGCCAUCCUGGGCGCGGUGCCGUUCCUGGGGACCUACUGGGCCGCGGUGCCGGCGGUGUGUGACCUGUGGUUGGUGCAGGGCGAAGGUGUCAAGGCCCUGCUGCUGCUGAUCUGCCAUCUGCUCCCAACCUACUUUGUAGAUACGGCGAUCUACUCUGACAUCUCAGGGGGUGGACACCCGUAUCUGACGGGUCUGGCAGUGGCAGGUGGAGCAUACUAUCUCGGUCUGGAGGGCGCCAUCAUCGGGCCCAUUCUCCUGUGCAUCCUGGUGGUGGCCGCCAACAUCUACAGUGCCAUGCUGAUGAGCCCCAGCUCCGCAGCACCGACACCGGUGCAUUCCAGCUGGCCGCUCAACCAAAUCAGGUCGGGAGACAAAUCUGAACGCAUUCAAAGAGCCGAUCAAAUCUGAAGACAAAUGCAACCAAACUGUACCAUUAUUGCUUGUCACACUCAGGACAGUCAACGACUCCACCCCCACUGCCCUGAAAAAGAGUGACGAGUGAGAGCCAGAGGGUGUUUUUCCUUGUGGAAUGUCACCUGGCUUCUUAUUGGCGGGUUUCCUCAUGGGGGGGAAGCGCUCCCAUCCCCGAAGCCCCAUCCUGCGCCACCCGGCUCUACAGAGGUCUGCCCCGACCGAGAAGAGAUGGCGGCGUAACAGCUGGUGCCCCGUGAUGCUCAACACCUCCCAGAGCUGUUUCUCUGAGCAACAUGGCGCCAGCCGCUUUCAUUCAAGACCCUCAAAUAACAAGAUGUAGGCGUUCCUCCUGAUCUCCAACGUGGACCAAUGACGUUACAUUGGGCAUUACUAAGCACCUUAUCCCUGACAACUGCAGUGCCUGAAUUGAUUUUAUAAUGUUUAGAGAUGCCUAAAAUGAGUAUGCGGUUUGUGGUGAAUUGUAAGAUAAUAUAAUCUAUAUAUUUAUCUACAGUGCCCCUGAUUUCCACCCUCCACACCGGGCUGUGCUAGAACUACAGUAUGUGGUUGUGCAGUCUUUGUUGUCCCUACCUCUCUCCUUCAUGGAGGCCCAAGUAGAGUUUACCAAGAAGUCCUCACGCCCGGCUCAAGAGAAGCAGCUUGUUGUUGACUGUUUUUUUUAAGUUUAACUUAAUGCGUCAUUCACGUUUUAGUGAUCGGAAAAGGACCACAUUCAUUGUUACACGCUUAGCUGACCCGUCAGUAUUAAAGCACGUUUACACUCAGAAUAACUUGAUAUUUACAUGUUUUACUGAGUAUUCCUGUGAGCACUUUUGAGUUUGGUGUCGUCAGUUUUGACCUCGCACACCUCGACUCGGUUACGUUAAACGUCUGCGUAUUUUCUACUCAUUCUCUCCCGUACUCUAUACUUACGUAGAGUACUUUUCUAAACAGAGUAUGAAGUUAACAGCUUUUGAAUUGUUAAUUAACGAGCUGUACAGAUGAAUUGUGUGUGUGUAUAAAAUGCAACACAUUAAUCCCACAUGGCUACUGUUUGCUCAAUGAGGGGCUUGGGUAUGUUCUGGGUUUAGUUUAGCAACAGUUUUCAUGUUUAUCUGAAUUACUGUAAGUUUUACAUGUUACCGUUGCUAUUUGUUUUAAAUAAUAAUUAACGGAUAUUCACUGACACAAUAAACACAAUUU